UCUAAAUUAAGUGUUAUCCAACACCGAUACGACUAGCUUCAGGCACCCCGUGGCGCCACGAUGUUUGUAGGCAGGCAGAGUUCUCUCCUGUUGCCUGGCCUUCUUGCUGUUCUUUGUGUUUUCGAAGGCCCCGUCUGACCAUAUACCACGCGCAUAUCUCUGCGCAUCCACUCGCUUUUUACUUUAGUUAAUCCUUAAUAAUGUCUUCUUCUACUUCGCAGCCUCAGGCCACGCCGCACGCGCCCGACGCGACUUCAGCUGCGCCUCCUUCUCCUGUUCCGACGCCUCCUCCAAAGUCUGUUGCUAGACUAUCCGACGCGACAAAUGCCAAUGCCACGUCAACUGCGAACGCGAACUCCCCCAGAACCCAAGCCUCGAGCAGCCCUGCGCCGGGUGUUCCCACCACGGGUCCUACGGCGUCGAUCCCGAAUACGACAGCUCCACAGACGACCGAGACCGAGACCGAAGAACACCUUUCGUUCAACGACAAGCUCAAUGCCGGCGACCGGUAUUGGAAGUUCAAGUUCGGCCUUGGAGCCAUUGCCAUCAUAACCGGCUUGGUGGGCAUAGGCUGCUUUGCUUAUUUGAUGACCACGGACCUGUACACCAACAACGACUACUAUUAUCUCGGUUACAACAGCUACGCAGUAUGGCCCGGUCUAAUCACCUGGUCCAUCUCAGUAGCUUUUGUCGCGCUUUGCAUGAUCGUCUUUAUUGUGCGCAAACGGCCUGUGCACCCCGGUGUUCGCGUAACAAUGGAUCUUCUGCUGUGGCUUGCCUUCAUUAUAACAGCAAUGUUUGCUAUUUUCGCGUUCCGGGACGUGUUGGAUUACGGUUUAUAUGGUGGACCUGAUGGAUAUAGUUAUGGUUCUGGUGGUGGAGACUAUGUUCUGGCCUCCAACGGCACGUGGGUAUGGGAACAAGACACGAGCUAUGUCAACUCUCCGCGAGACUGUGAUUACUACGGAUUCAACAAUUGCGAAGAGCAGGACGCUUAUGUUAACAAGCUUUGGGCGGAGAAAGGGACACGCGCAAACACUACGUUGACAGGUGUUGUAUGCCAAUUCUUCGGAUUGGUUAUUCACUUCGCGCUCUUCGUGUGGGCUUGCGUCGACUGCCAUCGCCAUAACCGCAGCAAGACCAGCAAGGACGCAGAGAAGAUUGCUGCCAACAUCGUACAGACCAUGAUCACCAAUGGCGCUAUUGUGCCCCCGCCAGGGCAGGCCCAUAUGAAGCCGCAACCAGGACAAGUCAUGUACUAUCAGAUGCCACCGAACCAGCAGGGAUAUCCGAUGCAACCCCAGUAUAUGCAGCAAGGACCGGGACAGAUGCAGCAAUUCGGAGAACAUCCACAGAUGAUGAUGCAGCAGCAACAGCGCAUGUCGCCUGGACAGUACCCAAUGGCCCAGCCUGGAAUGCCUCCUGUGGCACCGGUCAAUGAGAAGAGUGCGGGGGCACGUUACGCUUGAACAUCAAGCACGAGAUACAGGAUUGUUUGUGGAAAAAUUGGAGGAAAUGAUUUUCUUUGGCGAGAUACCCCAGCAAAACAUGCGUAAUAGUGUAAAGUUUUGAUCAAAUUCAACUGUCGAC